AGCCGAUGGCAUUCAGACAACACAUGGUUGUUUCUUGUUACGUGGUGUUUUAGUCAAUUCUUUAUUUAUUGAUGUCCAUGUUUUACUAAUUUAUUAAGGUAAUUAACUCAACUAUUUUAUGUUUUAUUUUCAACGAAAUUGAUACAUAUUCCAGCAGGUAGGUCAGCUAUUAAAACAUAAACGUACACUGUUUUGACGCUUGCAAUUUUAGGCUAUGUUGAAUAGUACAAACCGUUUUUGUUACAAUACGUUACUUUUCUAUUUAUUAUAACUUUUCAGCAAUUUAAUUAUCGACUUACUAAUGAAACUAUGUAUUGGAAUCUUUAAUUUAAAAAAAAAAUGCUGCUUCUUUCUAUUAGUAUUGAUCUUUCUAGUGAUUCAAUAAAAUAAGAAUGACUGGUUCAGUUUGGUGGAGUAUCGUAUCUCUAGUCUUCAUACUUUGCACAGCGCCAGUAUGGAGCGUUUCUGUUAUGAGUGUAGAUCUUGGCACAGAAUGGAUGAAAGUUGCUAUAGUUUCACCGGGCGUGCCAAUGGAAAUAGCUUUAAAUAAAGAGUCGAAACGGAAAACGCCGGUGGCGAUUGCCUUCCGGGACGGCGAAAGGACUUUCGGAGAGGACGCCCUCACGGUAGGGGUGCGCUUCCCCAAGCUCUGCUACACGCACUUCCUCGAGUUGCUCGGCAAGAAGAUCGACCAUCCUCUCGUUCAAGUGUUCAAGAAACGAUUCCCCUACUACGAUAUAGUCGCUAGUCCUGACAGGGGCACUGUCGUCUUUCAACAUGACAGCGAAACGCAGUUCACGCCGGAAGAGCUGCUAGCUAUGCUGCUGCAGAAAGCGAGAGAGUUUGCCCAGAACUCGGCGAUUGAGAAGAUCAACGACGCUGUGAUCAUAGUGCCCGGCUAUUUCAACCAGGCUGAACGGAGAGCCGUGCUCCAGGCCGCCGAGUUGUCCGGCUUGAAGGUGCUUCAGCUGAUGAAUGACUACACUGCAGUUGCCUUGAAUUAUGGUAUUUUCCGGCGCAAAGACUUCAAUGAAACCGCCCAGUAUGUGAUGUUCUACGACAUGGGAGCUUCGAGCACCACAGCCACUGUCGUCAGCUUCCAACUUGUCAAAACUAAAGAGAAGGGAGUAGUCGAAUCCAAUCCACAGCUUUCUGUCAUCGGUGUGGGAUAUGAUAGAACACUUGGAGGUCUUGAAAAGCAGAUGCGAUUGAGAGAUCACCUGGGCAAGAAGUUCAACGAAAUGAAGAAAACGCCGAAUGAUGUGUUCCAGAAUCCUCGUGCAAUGGCUAAGCUGUUCAAAGAAGCUGGCAGAGUCAAAAAUGUGCUCAGUGCCAAUGUUGACCAUUUUGCUCAAAUCGAAGGACUGCUAGAUGAUAAAGAUUUUAAAGUUCAAGUUACUCGAGAAGAAUUUGAAAAGAUGUGUGAGGACCUGUUUGAAAGGGUGAAAGCGCCCAUUGAUCAAGCCCUCAAAACGUCUGGUCUGUCAAUGGAUCUCAUCAGUCAGGUUAUUCUAGUAGGAGCAGGUACGAGAGUGCCUAAAGUGCAAGAGAAGCUGACUGAAAAGGUAGCGAUGGAACUGAGUAAGAAUCUGAACACGGACGAAGCAGCUGUGAUGGGUGCCGUCUACAGAGCUGCUGACCUCAGCAAUGGCUUCAAAGUCAAAAAGUUCCUUACUAAAGAUGCUGUCCUAUUCCCUAUUCAGGUGUUAGAGGUUAUAUUUGAUAGAGAAGCAGACGGUGGGGUGAAGCAGGUGAAGAGAAUGCUGUUUGGACAAAUGAACCCCUAUCCACAGAAGAAAAUUCUAACAUUCAAUAAAUACCAGACUGAUUUUACAUUCCAUGUCAACUAUGCUGAGCUGGAUUACCUAAACCCCAGUGAAAUCCAAUCAGUAGGCCAGCUGAACCUAUCGCAGGUGGACCUGUCAGGCGUGGCCGAGGCCCACGAGCUGCACAAGGGAGCGGCCAACGCCGAGUCGAAGGGCAUUAAGGCGCACUUCACACUGGACGAGAGCGGCGUGCUGGCUCUGUCCAGUGUGGAGCUGGUCAUAGAGAAGACGCUCUCUGACGAGGAGGCCGCAGGUGAGGAGUCGCCUUUCUCCAAGCUGGGCAGCACUAUCAGUAAGUUGUUCAGUGGUCCAGAAGAUGCUCUCAAGAAUAAUCUGGAUGAGAAACCAGUGAAAGAAGAACCGGAGACUGGUAAGGCCGGUGAAUCAGGCGAAAAGAAGGAUCAGAGCGAAGGAGAAGAAGUGAAGCAGUCAUCAGAAGAACAGCAGGCCAAAGAGAAACCGACCGAAGAACAGAAGAAGAAUGCAACCGGAAAAGACGGCGAAAAGAAGAAACCGAAAGUGGUGACUGUGAAGGAGGCCAUUAAGUUCUCAGAGAAACUCAUCGGCAUCAAUCCGUUGGCUGAAAAAGAAAUGCAAGAAUCGUUGAAAAAAAUAACGAGCCUGGAUGAGCACGACGCGCGCAAAAGAGCGAGAGAGGGAGCGAUGAAUGCCCUGGAGAGCGCCGUCAUCGAUGCCAAGGUCAAACUGGAGGAGGAUGCCUACAACCAGGCCGCAACUCAACAAGAGUCCGAAGCUAUUCUUGCCCUAUGCGCCAAGAUAUUCGAUUGGUUGGACGAGGAGGGCUACUCGGCGGAGGCGGCUGACUUCGAGUCCCGACUGGCCGAACUGAAACAGCUGACUGCGCCGGUGUGGCGCCGCGUCAAAGAGCAUGAGGAGCGUCCCGACGCACUGGCCGGCCUCGAGUCGACGCUCAGUCACAGCAACAACUUCCUCGCCACCAUCAAGAACAUGACCGCCAACCAGACUGAGGCCGAUGAGACACCCAUCUUCACGGCUGUCGAGAUCAGCCUGCUUCAGAAGACCAUUUCCGACACACAGGAAUGGAAAUCCAAGAUGAUAGAAGAACAGAGUAAACUGAAAUCUUCAGAUAAUCCUAAACUUACUAUAGCAAGCAUUGUUGAGAAGAUCAACAACGUUGAAAGAGAGGUUAAAUAUCUUGUAAAUAAAAUUAAAAUAUGGAGGCCGAAAAAGAAAGAAUCUCCCAAAGAUACCAAAAACACAACGUCAUCGACUGAUCAAAAAGCGAAGAAAGAUGGAUCAGGGAAAGACAAAUCCAAAGAAGAAGAGAAGGUGAUUGAGCCUUCAGAGGAAGUGAAUGAAGAAGAGGAGAGUCCAAAUGCGGCCGAAUCUGGCCAAGGGACCAAAACCAAAGCGCAACAACCGGAACCGGAAGCACAAGAACCAAUCGCUGAAGCGGAGGUUCCUGAAGUCGCUGAACCGGUCGUUGAGCCUAGUAAAACAGAAUCUGAGCUUAGGAAAGACAGCGAGUCUGAGCCGUCGAUAGUUGCUUCCGCGUUAAUUGUGUUUGUCAUACAUGUUCUGUUCCGGUUGGUUACAUAGCUAGAGAUGUCCGCUCGCCUCCCACAAUUCACUCUGGCUGUGUUGCUGCACGUUUGUGCAUGUACGUUCUAUUUUUAUUUGUCUCUUCUCUCCGUUCUACUCCCAUUGGUCUUUGUCUUUCAUGGGUAUGUCUUGUCAUGUGCUCCUACAAAGCAUUAAGUGCAACAUAAAUUUCCUUAUGGUGCUCCAUAUAAUGGGUUCACAAUCCCUCAUCCCUUCAAAAAUGUUCACGUCAUAUCACUUUGACGUAUGUGCUUUGAAACUUCUUGAUAUUGAGCAGUAAUAGAUGUGGUCAUGUUGAUAAUUCUACCUAUAAAUAGGUCAUAUUAUUAUACAAAAUUGCCAAUUUUUCCAUUUGUUCUUAAAUGAAUGUAGUGUUAGUAUGCAAUGGGUCUUGCAAUACAUUGUUAUGUGCACUUGAAGAAUCAAUAUUACUAAUAGUAUACCACUGUUCACAUUGCAAUAAACCGUUGACCUUGUUUUCUCUUUCAAUGAUCUCAAAUCAAUUUAUUUCCCUUCUGUUGUUACAUACAACACAAAGAGAUUGAGAAAACAAACCGUGUAAAAACAGGAAAUAAUUUCCUAAUCUCCUACUAAAAUUCGUAUAUGUAUUUCUAUUCUUCUUUAUUCUCAAAAUUUUUUCAAACCUAAAAUUUGAAAACUUUUUAUUUUCAAAACAUUCCAACGUAGAAAAUAUGUUCAAAAGCAUUGUAUCCAAUGUCCAAUCUCCAAUUUGAUAAAUAUUCCGCACUAUGUACCUUAGGUGAUGAACUUCACAUUUCUUGUCAUUGUUGUUUGAAUGCUAGGCGCUUUUGUCAAACUUAUACAAGCAAAGAGAAUAUUAUAACUAUUUGUAUUAGUGUGUUCGUUUGUUGAAAAUCUACAAGUCCUAUAACAUUGUUUUCAUUUUUGAGCAAAUAAUGUCUAAAGUCAUUCUAAUAUUUGAGAAAUAGCUCGGGUGAAUAAAAUUUAUUCAAUUUCCAAUAUGAGAUUACUUCUUAUUAUUUGAAAGUUAUGCCUUAGUUCUCAGGUUUUUUUAAUAUUGAAUUCUUUAUUGACGUUAAACACAUAGUGCAAUAGACAUAGUCAUCAGGAAACAUAAAACAUACAACAGUCACACAGACAGAUAAUAUAAUUAAUAGGUUUAUCCAUUUUCUUUUGAUUCAUUCAAUGCUUGAUCAUUAUUAAUUUUUAAAUUGUCUUUUUAUAUAUUCAUUUUUCAAUUAUUUCCAUUUUUCUGUAUUUAUUCCAUCGUUUAUUGCUCAAUGUUUUAAUGUUCAAAGGUCACAUACGCUCAUUAGGAAGUCUUCCAACUGAUGAUACGAAUACGAACUAAGUAGGAUGCAGAAUACAAAGCAAGCUGAAUUGUAUUACCUACACAAAUGACUAAAAACACGUCACCUAGGACACACAAUGUUUUUCUCAUUUCUUUAUAUUUUGCUUUUAAACUAGUUCGCAUGAGUUGCAUCAGUAUGAACACGACUUAACAUCCUCAUAUUCAAUCAUCUCAUGUAUCAUUGUGAUCAUCUGUGGUUUGUGCUAAAAAUGUCAUAUCGUGUUAUGUCAACAAUUUGUAUCGUCAUUUGUUACGUCUUGUAUGUGUCCUAUCACUGUCAGCGUGAUUAGAUUGAUUCAUUCAAAUUCGACUAUUCGCUUGGGAUCAAAAUUCGAUUUCUUUUCGAUACGUUUCCAACAUGAUUCUCUUCUUUCAAUGCUUUGUAAAACUAUUUCAUGAGGCUAGGGGAACGUUUUGGUACAUUUUGGUCUAUUCUUUGCCGCUUCUUCUCCUUUUCUUGCUUCUGCUUUUCUCAAGAUUCUGUCUGAAGCAUCUUCUCUUGCUCGUUACCUUUAUGAUUCUAGUAUCUAGUAUUUCGCGCUGCAUGAUUAUGGAAGUUUCUGGUUCCUUUACAAUCUUCAGUUUGUCAUAAUUUCUCUCGCAUUCGCUUUAUUCACUAACAUUCCCUAUUUCUAUUACUUUCAUCAUACCCAAUCUAUCGCGUAAGAUUAAAAAAUGAGUGAUAAGCUGUUCCUCUCUGAUUUCUCAAAAUGUUGAACAGGAUGAAGUAUCUCAUAGGCAUUAACUUUUGCAGAAUUUUUUUAGUAAUUAGUUAUGCUAAGAUACAAAUAAACAGUAACGUAAGUAUUUUUAGGCAUCCAUUAAAAAUUACUCUCUUAUUCGCUUUUUCACGUAAAUUUCCCUUGGAGAUUCUGAUCACUGGCCAAUAUUUACGAGGAUUUAGCGCCCAGGGUUAGAUACAAGUGGCAUUUUUGUAGCAUGAAAUUAAUUUAUAUUGUACUGUAAAAUAAAAUAAUAAUCGCGGGUUUAGUGGAAGAGAGGGCUCUUAUUGCCUCAAUUUCGCCCACAUCAAUUUUUAUAUUGUAAAGUGUAAAUGAAAAGGCAUUUAUCUAUAUAUCACUCUACACCAUAGGUACUCUUCUUUUGGGUAUAUUGCUAAGCUAUUAAUUGAGUCUCAUGAAAUUAUUCAUUCAAGUAAAUAUAAUAUUGAUACAGAAAUAACGCUUUAGCUUUGUAUAGUGAGCCUGUAAACUUUGUAAAUAGAAUUCAAAAGUCAAAGAAGACGAUAUUUUUUCAAAUCGUUCGCGGGGACGGUUCAUGUAGCAUAGCUUACAUCUCUUCGUUAUAGACUAUAGCACUGUUCAAAAUUAUUACUAUAUCAAUAGUUUGAAGCUUCCUGACCGCAAGACGAAAAUUUAUGUUGAUAAAUAAAUAUUUAAUUAAUGCCAGAAAUGAGUAUUUUCAUGGAAGAUUCAUCAGCCAGUGUAAGAACAAAUUUUCAAGGAAUAUGUCUAAAAAUUACCCGACUCAUUAUAUUAGCAAUAAUUUUAAAAGGUGGUUUUGACCAUUCAAGACCACCAGAUUUGGUUUUGGACCUUGAAUCUUCAUGUUUUGGUACUUCGUGUUGUAAUACAGGGAUGGGCUAUGAAGUAUGGAGGAUUUAAAACAGCUGGUACAUACUGUACUCAUUUUCCAACGAAACGAAGUAUUUUUCCUCAGCAUCUACCUUGGAUUUUGCCAUUUUUAUAAUCAUUGAGGAGGGAAAAAUAUAAACAUUAAUUACGUACGGAAAACAACGUUUGAAAAAUAGCGUUUGCUUUUGACCAACCGUUGGGGGAGGUUGAUGACAGAGUGCCGGGAAAUAUAUAAACUUGCCUUAACUGCGGUGGAAGAAACGUGGUAGAUAAAGAUUCAGGUUUUCUGUUUAUAAUUGCUGUUUUCGUAGGAAUGGCGAAUAAUUGACUGCUUGUUGUGGCAUUAGUCGAGACUUCAUUAAUUAAAAAUCACUGUCAAUUCAGAUUGUUAUCCAACUUUGCUACGUGAUUUUUGCCACAAUAAUUGAGAAGAUGACAUAUCAAUGAAUACUGAAUGGUUACAACAUGCCAUACAUCAAGAUAAACUAUGAAAUUUCUAAGGCAGAACUUCCCUGGACGACUCAUUUCGAUGAGUAAAGUGGCCUCCUCGGUCACCAGACCUCCUGUCACCUUGUCACUAUGGUAUUUUUCAUGGGGCUACAUAAAGGUCGUGUAUACAUCAUCAAACCAAGUACACUUGAAUCCCUGGAUAAGACAAUAACACAAGAAAUUGCUCGUGCUUCAAAGGAUUAUGGAUAACUUCUUACAACGUCUACAUGAGUGUAUGGACAAAAACGGAUGACAUUAUUCAAUUGUUAUUUUCUGUACUUAAUUAAUGUUUUUAUUUUCUUCUCUCUGAUAAUCAAGAUGCCAAAAUUCAGAGUACAUUGGAGAAAAAUAUUGAGUCUCGUUCAAAAAUGUGUACCUUAUGUAACAGCAGUUUCAAAUCCUCCAUACUUCAUUUUCCAACCCUGUAAAAUUGCAACUAUGCCUAUCAUGUACUUCUCACCAAUAUUGAUUUGUUAUGUUACGUAAAAUACUUUUACAUUGUUUUGUAAAAGUAUAAAUGUUACUGUUACUCCAGCAUCUUUUCUUUAGUGGCUUAUACUGCUCUUUGGCUGUUCUGAAGAUCCAGAGUGACUAAAAAUUCAAAUCAUGGAUUUGACAGAUGCAGCAUCUGUAGUAACAUUUCCACUAGUAAUAAUCAGAAGGUCUAAGAAUAGAUUCAACUUCAACAACUCUCCAUUCGUUUUACGUGUCGAGUAUCUGAGUUGGCAUCUAGAAUGGAGUGAUCCCAAUUCAGCCUAUCUUCGAACAUUGAAUUCAAUUAUUCAUAGAACAUAAUAUCCUAUUCUUUUGUAUUAUGAUUGAAUAAUAUGUCUCUAGAAAAGCAGAUUUUCUAGCCCUAAUGAAUGAAUGAAACAAAUCGAGUCACACCUUUCCUCAUGUGAUACCUCACCAAAUGAAUGUUGAUCAUCAAGCAUGUUUCUCAUCAACAUCCCUUAUGCUUUAUUAUAUAUUGUUUAAUAUUUAUCAGCUACAAAGCAAGGCAAGUAGUGGAAAUAUCAUAGGUUGUAUGGGAGUAUACCUGCACUUUUCAAACAAUAAUUUCUUUAUAGCAAUAUAAUAGUACAUUAGAUUGGCUAAUAGUGCAGUUUCAAGUAUUCCAUUGUUUCACAAGAACAACUUUUUCCAAUAACAAUGUAGUUAUCCAAUGAGAUGCAGUGUAAUCCAAUGAUCCAAUCUGAAUAAUGUGCUUGGAUAAGAACUUUUCGACUUAAUUCCAGUUCCUUUUGUAUAUUUUGCAUGUUUUUAAAAUGUGUUGAAUAGAUUUUUUUUAUAGUAUUUUCUGUAGCAACUGGAUCAAUGCUGACCUGAUUUGAGUAGAAAAUUUAUUAGAUUAAGAACUAUAACAGAGCGAUAUUCGAAAUAAAUCGAUGCCUGGGUGAUUAUUUCAUCACUGUAAUGGUGAAGGCUGUGUUUAAAUGCAGAUACAACACACAAGAAUGUCAAUGUCAUCACAUCAAGUCCUCAAAUUUGAAGGCUGUAUUUGUCGUUAACUCGUAUUCAAUUGAAAUCUAAAGCAAAUCAGAUUUCAACGUAUCGUAACUAUAGAAUUAUAAUUUAUACUGAAAUUGCAUCCAAAAUUAUUACAGAUCAGUCAAUCUCUUUUGUUUCUGUUAUUUAAUCAAAUUCAAUUGAAAACUCGUCUCAUUUUUAAUGCAUUGAAUAGAAUGUAACGAAUUUGUGUAAAUAAGAGAUUUAUCUAUUAUUUUGAUUUUGUAUUAUUUUUAAUUCGGUGGUUCACGUUAGUAUGAUUUGCAAACUUUGCAAUAUUUCUGUUGAAUUGCGGAAAGUCAAGUUCCCAGUGAAUUAUUGUAGUAAUUCCUUAGUUUAAAAAUGAUAAUGGUGUCUGUGAUUGUGAUGAAUUAUUCGGUUUGUAUGAAUGAGGAAGUACGCUUGCAAGUUCUAUUGUAUUUGUUUGUGUGUAUUUAGAUUAAGUUUUGUUUGGUAUUAGUUGUAAUUCUCAUUGGAGAAAGUUUACUCGUUUCCCAAACUUACGUUAUUAUAACAAAAUGUAUCUGCUAUCAUUCACAUUGAAUAAGAACGAAACUUCACUAAAUUACAUUGUAUUUUGAUUUUUUGGGUACUUGAGUUGAAAAUUUUGAAUUAUAAUCAUUGUUGAAGAAAAAUACAGCAUGGACUGUUUCAGUAAGAAAUAAAUGAGCUGAUAUUAUUAUAAAAAUAUUCAAUUUAAUUUGAAUGGCAUAGAAAACUAUAUAAUUUUUCUAGAUAAUGUGUUUAUUGUUUGUCAGUUGGUGCGAAGCAAAUUUAUAUGAAUCAAAUCUGACCUAUUUUCGAAGUUUAUGUUUGGGAUACUGAUCAAGUACUGUAAUUGACAAUGUAAUAAUUAGUCUACACAUUUUGUACCUUCCUUGCUCUGCAUUCUAUAUCACUUAUAUUGGAGGUUACUUCAUGUUGAUUUAAUCGUAAUCUCAUAAUAAAAUCAAUUAUUGAAAUAGCAUUUAAAUUGAAUAAGGCUACUCGCAAUUAGAGUAGAAUAAAACAAAACCUUCUGAUAAACGUUCGAUAGAGAACACAAUUAUUUUUGAAAAGUUUUUAUCUUAGAAGUAUAACAUAACUUCUGUUUGAAUAUUAUAAACUAGACUGCAGUUAUUAAUGUCCAGAUAUAAUAUAUUCUACUGUAAUACUCGAACUCAAAAAAAAAAUCAAAAAAGAUUUUUCUUGAUGCUACAGAUUUCUAGUAUAAUUGCAUAUGCAUAGAGACCUUCUUAUUAAAGAUUUUGAGAGUUAUUCAGCUUUCAAUUUCAUUAUUCUCUCGAUCAUAUUCCAUUAUUAAUUAAUGGCAUUUUUUCGUGUUCGAGUAUGACAUUUCUUAAUUGUUGAUAAUUAUUAAAACUGGAAUUAUAAAAUAUUUUCACAUUGAAACACUUCAAUAAUAAAGGCUUAAAAGGUAGUUAACAGUGCCAAAAUAUAUUCCAUUAGACUGAUGCUGAAAACUUAUUAGUGGUAAGACAGUAAGUUAUGUUAUACUAUUCCACUUUUUUCAAUAGUAUUGCAAUCUGAAGCAUUUCACUGAAUUUCUCGUUAUAUAGUUGAAUUUUAGGUACAAGUUCGUUUUUUUGUAUAGAUCUACUAUUGCAUUCUUGUGCACUCGGAACUUUAAAAAUUGAUAAUUGUCUCCAUAAUAAAAUAUGAGUUAAAGGAGUAAUAAUAUUAGAUUUCAAGAUUAAUAUUUCCCAUUGUUGUCCAUUAUGUCAUUUCUUUCACAUUCUUGAUCAUUGUGGGCUUUUAUUUAAAUGAAUGUAGAUUCUUCAAAAUAAUUAGUUACUCUCAAUUAAAUAAUAAUUUAACUAGAUGAGUCUACGAUUCAUGAAAAAUUCACGCACAUAUUUUUACCAUAGUUAUCGAACUAAAGUUUAAAACAUCAUUCCACUAUCAAGUAAGAAACUAAUUUACAACUUUAUAUGCACUUGUUGCACAAAAAUAUCCUUCGACCUGAUCAUAUUAUUACAAAGUCUAAGACCCAUUAUACUUUUGUUAUUCUGGACCAUGUUAUUUAUGAAUUUAGCUCAUUCGAUAAGUUCUAUAUCAGGAGCACUUCUGUACUUCUAAACCUAAUCAUAAAUAAUUAUUUCCAUUCCUUGAUAUAUUUUUUGAAAAAAAAAAUCAAUACUGAUUGCGUUCUGAGGUAUGAUAAUUCUUGUUUUUAUUCGAAAAUUGUAAAAAAUAUCUUGAAAUGCUAAUUGAAAAUUAGUUUUCAAUAAAUGGGGUUGAAUCCUUAUCUAGUUUGGAAUAAUGAUAUUGGAUUGUAAUAAUUGUAUUCUCAAUUAUUAUUGUUUCAUCAUCUGUAAAAAAAUAUAAGUUAACUUAUAUGUUUUGGCUCCAUAAAGCAGUGUUAUAAAUUUAUUGUAAUCGAGAUGAAAAUACUCAUGAAUAAAACACGUUUUUCAAAACUUG